UCCCCGCUUGCCUGCUCAGUCUUAUCCCUAGAAGCAGCUUAGCUACUCCAGGUGCCUAGGUGCCAUGCAGCCCCGGACGCUCCUCACUGUGGCCCUCUUGGCUCUCCUGGCAUCUGCCCGAGCUGAAGAGGAAGAUGGAUCCUUGCUGCUGGGCUCUGUGCAGGGCUACAUGGAACAAGCCUCCAGGACGGUCCAGGAUGCGCUAAGCAGCGUGCACGAGUCUGAUCUAGCUGUGGUGGCCAGGGGCUGGAUGGACAAUCGCUUCAGAUCCCUGAAAGGCUACUGGAGCAAGUUUACUGACAAGUUCACCAGCUUUUGGGAUUCUACCCCUGUGGACCAACCAAUUCCAGCUAUUGAGUCGUGAGACUUCUAUGUUCCAGAUGUGCCUGCUCCUCCAUCCUGUUGCCCCCCUCCAGGCCUGCCAGGUGGCCCCUGAAGGCUGUUUUAAGGGGAAAGUAUGUUCUCAUGUCUCCACCCCUCCCCAGAUCUCACCUAAACAUGCUAUCCCUAAUAAAGCUGGAUAAGAAGCUGCC